AUGUCCUUUGAUUCGAGAGAAGGAACUGUGCAUGUCCCAGCUAGUGAUGUUGUGUCUUUCAGUUUUUGCAAGCAGAAUUGCUUCGAACAGGAUCAACCACUACUCGUUGAUGCGGAAAAUCCAUCGAGGUCUCUAAACUACGAAUCUGCCAAAGCCCUGGUUCGCAAACUUGUCGCGGGUUUCUGGGCGUCCGGACUACGUGAAGGUGAUUCAGUCAUGUGUCAUAUGUCGAACACAUACAUCUACCCAGCAUUGUUCAUGGGAAUAUGCGGAAGUGCUGGAGUCUGGCUAGGCUCCAAUACCGCGAACCAGCGUUACGAGAUUGACCAUCUCAUUGAGCUUGGAGAGCCCAAGUUCAUCAUCACUGAGCCUGCGGCCUUGUCCACCAUUCUAUCUGCUUGUGAGAACAGGCAGGUGCCGAAGGAAAAUGUCUUCGUCCUCGACAUCGACACGUUCCAACUCUACACUAGUUUGCCUGCUGUCUGGUGGGGGUGUUCUGAUUCUGACGCGACUAAGCCCGAUCAGGCUGUACGUUCUUUUACUGACCUGCUGUGCCAUGGCGAGCAAGAUUGGAAGACGAUCGACGUGGUUGACGAGGCAAAGAGGACUCCAGCAGCAUAUUUCCCGACGUCAGGCACUACAGGGUUGCCGAAGCUUGCUAUGGUGUCUCACUAUAAUCUAGUGGCACACCACUUGAUGCUUCAUGAGGACAAGCCAUACAGAGUAAGAAGACUGAUGACCCUACCACUCUUUCAUCUUUUUGCUACCAGCUUCGCCUUUAUCCAACCCACACGUUACGGAGACACAACCUAUAUUAUGAAGCGCUUUGGACUCGAAAGCUACCUGAAGAACCAUGAUAGAUAUCAGAUUACUGAGACGUUUAUGACUCCUCCAAUCUUGAUGCAGACUAUUGCCUCGCACCUCGAUGUCCGAGCUCUGAUGAGAACUGUACGUUGGGCAGGUACUGGUGGCGCGCCCUGCGAUGCAGUAUCUAUCAACAGAAUGCGCUCGUUGCUUACCAACGGUACAAUGAGCCAAGUAUGGGGUCUUACCGAAUGUGGAGUUGCUUCGAUGUUUCGACUGGGUGAGCACGACGAGACAGGCUCAAUUGGCAGACUCCUGAGAGGCUACAGAGGCAAGCUCCUGAACCCGAAAGGCGAGCUCGUCGACAAGGAAAAAGAGCCAGGCGAACUCUACAUCUCCUCUCCUGGUACAAUGCUUGGCUAUCGCAAUAUGCCCUCCACCGAGGAAGAGAGUGUGGUUUCGGACAGGGGAUUCCGUGGUUGGCAAGUGGCUCCGGCAGAGUUGGAGGCUGUACUGCUUGACCAUUCAGAAAUUGUUGACGUUGCUGUAUCUGGCACUAUGGCUAAGAACGGCGUGGAUGAGGUUCCACGAGCAUAUGUUGUCAGGCGCAAGAAGACACGAGAAGCCGAAAUGGUUACUGCGAAUGAAGUGUAUCAAUUCGCUCGUGAAAGAUUGGCAAGCUACAAGGCUCUAGAUGGUGGUGUAUGUUUUGUCGAAGACAUUCCUCGGACGGCGAGUGGCAAGAUCCAGAGAGCCAAGCUUACACGCAUGGACACAUUGCGAAGCCGCAUAGCGGCUGUCUUGUCAGCAGCUCAGGCGGUGCCUGUAUACAAGCAAGCAGUAUCAGAGGUCAAAAACGCCGCUAUGUAUGACGGCGAGACUACCACGCCACGCCGAGAUAAGGCUCCACAACCAAGACGAAGCAGCCGAGUGGUAAGAAGAUCCAGUAGCACAAGUGAAGAGGCCUCGCGAGACAUGAAAGUCGCCACGAUCAGGAGAGUGUCCACGGAUAGUGUCUCAAAACCUGAGCCUUACAAGUUGCCUCGUUUCGAUAAGACACUCAAGAAGAAGCAGAGGACAUCGAAGACAGCAAAGGCUACGAGUAAGAGACUGAUCAAAAGCAUGCAAGCUUCAGCAGCCUGA